AAGUUAUAAAAUCAUCAAAGAAAUAAAUCUAAAAUCAAUAAGUAAUUAUUUCCUCAUCUUCAUGUAAGGUAUAUCUUUCUUUAUCUCUCACAUUCCAGCAGACGUGCUGGAAGUCUAUAUAUGAAGCUCUUCAUUCUCUUGUCCUCCAUUUUCAUUGCAUCAAUUUCAAUACUCUUCUACAAUAGCAGCACUCCACUAUCACAGAUCUUUCAAUUGUUCACGAACAACAGAUCAGCGACCGAAAUACAAACUGACAUACUUACAACUCAACCUUCUAUGAGCACUUCAUCUGCUAUCAAAUCAACAAUGUCCAAAGCACUUUCACACGCUAAAAUUACCCCUCGAAGAUCCUCGGCUCGUGGCCAUGCUGAUCACGGAUGGCUCAACUCUUACCACACAUUUAGUUUCGCAAACUACUAUGACAGCCAAUUCCAAAACUUUGGAAGUUUGCGGGUCCUCAACGAAGAUCGUGUCGCCGGUGGUACAGGGUUCCCUACACACCCUCAUCGCGAUGCCGAAAUCUUCAGCUAUAUUCUGAGUGGAGAAUUGACUCACAGAGAUAGUAUGAUUAAGAAGGGAGCUGAAGGAAAAGAGGGAGACGAUUUCUACAGAAUGAAGAGGGGAGAUGUUCAGUUCACAACUGGUGGAAGUGGCAUUGCGCACUCGGAACAAAAUGAAUCCAAGGAGGAAGUUCACUUCCUUCAAAUUUGGGCCCUUCCUUGGGCUAGAUCACUCACUCCACGAUAUCAUACAAAAACUUUCUCUGAAGACGCUAAGCGAUCAGCGUUCUUACCAAUCCUGUCACCAUUGAAAGCUGGUCCCGGUGCUUCUGCAGAAGAGGAGAACGCUGCAGAACCAACACUCCCAGAUACCAUACCUAUACAUGCCGAUUUUGUCAUGGCUGCCGGAAUAAUUGGAGUAGACAAGAGAUUCAAAUGGACUGUCGGUGGAGGGGCAACAAAGAGUGCCGAGAACAGAAAAGUCUAUAUCCACGUUCCCAUGACCAAGGGAGGCAACGCAAAAAUCAGAUUGGACGGUAGAGAAGGAGCUGUUCUUUCAGAGGGUGAUGGAGCAUUUGUCGAAGCUGUCAAGGCAGGAGACAUUCUGAGCGUUGAAAGCAUUGGCGAGGCCGAGGCGGAAGUUAUUGUAUUGGACAGCGAUUAGCCGUUUCUCUUGUUGAUUUCUAGGUUGUAUGUAUUGAUACCAAUUUACCAUGCAUUUCAAGA